CCUGUCUUUAUAACGCUGUCUUUGUUUCUCUCUUACCUAUCUACCUCCCCCCUCUCUCUCACUCACUCUCUCUUUCUUCCCACCUCAUAAAUUUUCCCCUUUUCUCCCUCCUGCCACGGAUUUACCUCUUGUCUCUGUUUGUUGAACAUUGCAGCUAUGUUUCGAACCAUGUGUGAUCAUGCCAGGAAACACCCUGGACUUAUUCCACAGUUUUUUUUCAUCUGCCUGGGUAUUGGAGGCGCUGCACUUUAUCUGGUUCGGCUAGCCAAGGGACCCCAUGUUACAUGGAACAAAUCCAGCAACCCGGAGCCAUGGAAUCAGCUCAGCCCUACCUAUCAGUAUAAGUUUUUAGCUAUAAACACAGACUACAAAAACCUGAAAAAGGAAGGACCUGACUUCUAAAACUCAGAAGAUGUUAAUAAUCAACAUUGUCUCAAAAGAAUGGGUAUUUCAUGGAUUUUAAAUAUAGAUUAUUGUUGAUUGACUAAGAAAAUAAUUAACUGAGGUAAUGCAAUGUGGUUUUGUACUGUAAUAUACUUCCACAAAGGUAACAUAAUGAGAUAGACAAGCCUAUAUUUAGUUUUCUUUUUGCACAUAUCUAAGAUGUCUUUGUUGUUUGGAUUUUAACUGUUAUAAGAUCCAGAUUAUUAAUAAAAAUGAAACCUAAUAUAUGUCUUUAACAUGGUGUCUAUAUUGAGUGUCUGUAAGGGGGUUGAACAAUGUACUUGGUCUAAAGAAAGGACCAGGCACCAGACUACAGUCUGUGUGUAUCUUUUAUGUUUGAAUGACACACAACUUUGAUGAUGGAUGUAUGGAAUUUUCUGCUUGUUAGCAGUGAUUAGAUAAGGACCAAGACAAAGGGGCACCUGGAUAUGCUGAUGUUAUGGUGUAGACAUGAGUAAGUGCUUAUUUCAAAAGCCCACCAUUCAUGCUAUCACCAUUAUCCAUGUAAAGCAGCAUUGUAUCAUUGACAUGAAGUGGUGCUGGCUUAGAUUCAAACAUUCAUUUAGAAAUUUAGAUUGCUGCAGCAUUUGUUGGAAAUAAUGGAUAUUGAAUUAGAACUAAAAAAAGAAAAACUCUGUUAAUGUUGGGUAAGUCUAUUAGAAUAGAAGCCUUUAUUUUGUCACAUAUUCAUUAUAGUACAGUGAAAUCCUUUCUUCACAUAUCCCAGCAUUGGAGGUUAUUCAUGGAAAGAUAAAUUUCAGUUCAUUUCAACUUAUUUGUAUAGUGCUUUUAACAAUAUGUGCUUUUAACAACAUGUUCAAAAGUAGUAUGUUUUGAAAAUAUUAUAUAUAAUAUUGUAAUAUUGUAUUGGAAAUAUUGUAAUGACUGUUUGUUACUGUAUUGGAUAUGUGUGUGUUUGCAUAUUUUUGAGUAGGUAAACAUUGCUGUAACAAUCUUUAAUAAACUUACUA